AUGGGGAAAUCGCAGGAUUUGACCGAGUUUGAGCGGGGUAUGAUAGUGGGAGCGAGGAGAUCCGGCUGCAGUGUCUCAAUGACUGUGAAGCGGCUGGGCUUUGCCAAGACUACCGUGUCCCGGGUUUACCGGGAAUGGCUUGGGAAACAGAAAACCUCGAGCCAGCGUGGGUCGAGUGGGAGAAAACGGCUCGUGGAUGACAUCGGAGAGAGGAAGCUGGAGCAAGUGGUGGAGGAGAACCGGCAUGCUACCAUAGCGCAGAUCCAGGCUUUGUACAACAAAACCGGACCAAAGAAGCCCAUCUCACACAAAACCACCCAGAGGGCCCUGAAGAGGCUGGGGUACAGCUGCAGGUCUCAGCAGAGGGAGGAUGUUACUCUGGCCCUGGCCGGGUUGGAGGCGCUGGCUGCGUUCAAUUCCAAGCAGCCUGAGACCUCCGAAGAGCCUGUGUGCAACAAAAAUGAACCAAGUCCAAAAGUCAAGGCCUCACUAGACUCCAGUGAUGGUGUGAAAGGAUGA